AACAUCUUAGCGCUGGUCAUAUUCUGGAAGACAGGACUCGGUGACGGCAUCUCCGUGUGCUUCUUCUCGCUGACCGUUUCCGACCUGCUCUGCCUCGUCACGUUUCUCGCCGCUACACUUCUCGGCAUGCUGGACCUCAACUUUAACGUCAAGCCGUACGUCAGCCUGUACUGGGUCAGCUACGUGGUUCCGUUCUACGCUCUCAUGUUCUACAACAUCUCCAUCGUCACCAUCGUGGUCCUCGCCAUUCAGAAGUGCUGCUGUGUUGCGAUGCCGCUCAAGUUCAAGGACACGUUCUCAAGGGGCCGCUCCAUCGCCUUCAACGUAUGCAUCUACUGCGGAAUAAUGAUCACAUUUAUCCCGUUCACCGCCAUCACAUUACCGUUCCGAUCAAACUUUGACACAUCAACUAAUUCUACUCGACUCGUCUUUUACCUCUCCAAAUUGUACCUGACGGAAAUAUUUCCUGUGCUGAAAGCAAUUAAUUACAUAUCGAUACCUAUAAUUUCAGAAAUCGUUGUUCUUUUUUGUACAAUUUUACUGACCAUAAGACUCCGACAGUCCUUAAAAUUUCGAAGUUCGGCAGCCGUGCGGGGCGCCGAUAAGAGAAUUUCAGUUCAAACCAGGGAAGAAAAUAGACAGCUAAGCUCAUCAAAGUCUAACCGGGAUCGUUAUUAUACGACCUCGUUGCCGUCUAAGCUUAAGAAACUCGAAAACAGAUUUGGUUUCCCCAAGAAUCCCAAGCAGCCAAGGUCAGAUAAGAACUUAACAGCUUCCAAAAACGAGUUCCGCGUGACCCAGGCCGUCAACCUGGUGGCCACGAUCUUUGUUCUGUCCAACAGCCCAGAUGUUGUCGUUUUCUUCGCCAGUCUCGUGGUGCCCGAGUUUUCUGGCCUUGGACAGUAUCGCCACACGUACACGCUCUGCAUCGAGUUACAAGACUUGUUACACAUCGUCAACAUGUCCGUCAAUUUGUUCGUUUAUUUGAAGUUUAAUUCCAGAUUUCGUAAAAUAUUUCUGUCAACUUUC